GGAAGUGAGAUUUAGUCAGGUGACCCCUUUCCAUCACGUGAUUUUACCGUCCAGAGCGCUGUCACAGUUGUCAUUGAGCUGUUUUUCCUUUACAUCGCCUAUUAAUACAAGGCUUGCAAAGCUUUAACCCUUCCAUAAUGGCAGGACGCGGUAAAUUAAUCGCGGUUAUCGGCGACGAGGACACUUGCACUGGGUUCCUCCUGGGAGGCAUCGGCGAGCUGAACAAGAACCGUAAACCCAAUUUCCUAGUGGUGGAAAAGGAUACGAGUAUCACGGAGAUUGAAGAGACCUUCAAGAGCUUCUUGGUCCGUAAUGACAUCGGGAUCAUUCUGAUCAACCAGUUUAUCGCCGAAAUGAUCCGCCAUGCGAUCGACGGCCACCUGGAGUCCAUCCCUGCCGUGCUAGAGAUCCCGUCGAAGGAGCACCCCUACGACGCGUCCAAGGAUUCUAUUUUACGCAGGGCCAAAGGGAUGUUUUCUGCAGAAGACUUCCGAUAAAUUGUUUUCUACAUCCAUCCAGUUUAAACACACAGCACACACACAAACACACACACUCUCUCUGCAGUCUGGAAUAGGGACGGCAGGGUUGAAUAUUAAAAUAGAUGUCUAUAAAUUAUACGUACUUUGUCACCGCCCAACAUUCCAGAUUGACGUUUUAUUCUUUAAUUGCAGUUAAAUGUCCAACAUUAAAUGGGGUGUAAAAUGCCCCUACGCUUAAGUAUGUAUGUCCCACGCAGUGUUUUGCGUUCUUUCGUUUCUGUUUUAUUUGGAUUAUUUUAGUCCUUAUGUGGUUGUAACCAGGAAAUGAGGAAUGUGUCUCAAAGAUCUGCAGCGCAUGUGUCUGACUCAUGACCGCCCGAAAUUGUUGUGUAUGUUUGUGAAUCCAAAGCACGUCUUUGGCCCUUGAUGUUUACAGAUGUAUGUAUUUUCCCCCUGUUUUGGAGUUAUUCCUCUUGUUUCUUAAGCUUUAAGUGGAAGUCUAAAUCUACUGUAUGCAUUGAUCUUUUCUUUGUUGAUAACCUUACAGUGGGAGUCUGUGGAAAUGGAUAAGUGAUUGUUACAGCUGUAUUAACUUAUAUCUGGAAAAAAAAUACAACACAAAAAAUAAAUUAUUUGAUGUUUGAGUGAA